AGAAAACUUCACGUCGAGUAGUCACAAGACCUCUCAGCUGAGUUCACUGUCGCCCAAUCUUCUGUUUUCUGAAGAAUAAUUCUCCUUGUAAUAUAUUUCAUUGUGAGUGGAGGUUUUUUCUUUUAUUAAUAUAGCCAAAAUGGCUAACAUUGAAGAAAAUGUAAGCAAACUAAUAGGCGAUGAAAAGAUUGACAUGAUCGCUGCUACCAGCGUUCUACAAAUAAGGGCCAGUGAAAUCCGGCAAAGCCAAAUUAAUUGGCAGUCAUAUCUGCAAUCGCAGAUGAUUACUCAGCGUGAUCAUGAUUUCAUUGUGAACCUGGACCAGAGAGGUCAAAAGGAUCUGCCGGACAGAAACCCAGAAGGAUGUGCCGAUGUAUUUCUAAACUUGGUAGCGCACAUCAGCAAAGAUAACACCAUUCAAUAUGUCCUUGUCCUGAUUGACGAUAUUCUAUCAGAGGAUAAGUCGAGAGUGAAGAUCUUCCGUAAUGCUCGUCAUGGGAAUGUCUGGCAGCCUUUCCUCAGCCUGCUUAACCGUCAGGAUGAAUUUGUCCAGCAUAUGUCGUCACGCAUCAUCGCCAAGCUUGCCUGCUGGCAUCCGCAGCUCAUGGAGAAGAGCGACCUUCACCAUUACCUGUCCUGGCUCAAGGAUGAGCUUAAAAUGAAUGCGGAGAAAGUGUCUGCAGAGUUAGAACAUGCCGAGCAGGUUAUGUUGGAGCAUGAGAAACAAAAUUUCUCUGAUAAACCAACUAAAACGCACAAGGAAAAGGAUGAUGUGAAGGAUUCCGAGAAGUAUAAGAGCCUGUACAGCUCUUUUGAUGUCUUAAAAUCUCAUGAGGACCUCCCUGAUGGUCUUGUAAAGAACAACGAUUACAUCCAGUCGGUAGCACGCUGUCUUCAGAUGAUGCUUCGCGUUGACGAGUACCGCUUCGCUUUCCUAUCCGUUGACGGCAUCUCGACUCUCCUUUCUAUCCUGGCUUCGAGAGUCAACUUCCAGGUCCAAUACCAGUUGGUGUUCUGCUUGUGGGUGCUGACUUUCAAUCCUCUGUUGGCCGAAAAAAUGAACAAGUUCAAUGCUAUUCCCAUCCUAGCCGACAUCCUCAGUGACUCUGUCAAGGAGAAGGUCACUCGCAUCGUGCUGGCCGUGUUCCGCAACCUCAUUGAGAAACCCGAAGACCAGCAGGUGGCAAAGGAGCAUUGCAUAGCUAUGGUUCAGUGCAAGGUCCUGAAGCAGCUUUCUAUACUAGAACAGAAGCGGUCUGACGACGAGGACAUCAUGAAUGAUGUCGACUUCCUGAACGAACGUCUGCAGGCGUCCGUACAAGACCUCAGCUCCUUCGAUCAGUAUGCUACCGAAGUGAAGAGUGGACGUCUGGAAUGGUCACCGGUGCACAAAUCAGCUAAGUUCUGGCGCGAGAACGCCGCCCGUCUGAACGAGCGCGGUCAGGAGCUGCUACGGACGUUGGUACAUCUGUUGGAGAAGAGCCGGGACCCCGUAGUACUCGCCGUAGCCUGCUACGACGUUGGCGAAUACGUGCGUCACUACCCACGCGGCAAGCACAUCAUUGAACAACUGGGUGGAAAACAACGUGUCAUGUAUUUACUGAGCCACGAGGACCCCAAUGUUCGGUAUGAGGCACUACUCGCUGUACAGAAACUCAUGGUUCACAACUGGGAGUAUCUCGGCAAGCAAUUGGAGAAGGAACAAAUCGACAAACAGUCUGGUGGAACAGCCGUCGGUGCUAAAGCUUAAAAUGUUACAAAUGUUCUAAAAAAAAUUGUUAUUGUUGUCUUUGAACCUUUAUUGCACUUAGCAAUAUUUAUGCCAUACGUCCUAUAAGAGUUACAAAGUUGAUAGUUACAUUACAUAACACUAUUUUCUGUUACAUUAUACCCAUUACAGCAAUAUUAACUCGGAUUUACACAUUGUAAUGUGAAAAUGUAUAAUAUUAACAUAAACACCUAUUUAUUUUUAAUUAUUUAUGUUCAUAAUAAAGUUUACAAAACGCUGGCAUCGGUUAUCAAUAUUAUUGCUUCUUAUUAUUUUUGUUUGAACAUUCCUAUAACAUAUGUUGUUGUUAUGAAAAUGAAAUGGAUGUAAUCAUUAUAAAAUUCUAUAUUAUAUUUUAAUGUGUAGAAAUUAUAGUAUAUUUGUUCAUGUAAAAUGAUUUCAUCAGUAAAUAAACUAUGAGUAUUAAUUCAAAAUACAA